CGUGGGGAAACUAAGUUCACACACAAAACACAAAGGUGAAGCCUGAGUGUUCAUCAGUGAUUGUUAGUUGAUUGAUCAAAUCAUAGCAAAUGGCUGCUGUGUUAAAUCUCAACAGCAUCAGCCGCUGCCAUUAUCACCUUGACUUUCAAUCACCACCAGUAAGAAAUGUUGCAUCUGCUCCAAUUAUUAUUCUACCUUAUCAUAACAAGAUUUCUAUCUCCAGAACCCCAUUGCUAAAAUUUCAUCACCAAAAACUUCACAACAAGCUCUUUGUUCAAGCAACAACAACAAUGUCUACUGGUGUGCAAGAAGAUCUUCCUCCGGCUCUUGAUUCUACUUCAGAACCACCUUCGGUCUUUGAUGGAACCACUAGGCUGUACAUAUCUUACACUUGCCCCUAUGCGCAACGAGUGUGGAUUACUCGGAACUGCAAGGGAUUGCAAGAAAAGAUUAAACUAGUCCCCAUUGAUCUAAAAAACAGGCCAGAAUGGUACAAGGAGAAAGUUUAUCCUCCAAACAAGGUGCCAGCUUUAGAACACAACAAUGAAGUUAAGGGAGAGAGUCUUGAUUUGAUCAAGUUUAUUGACACCAACUUUGAAGGUCCCUCACUUUAUCCCGAGGAUAUUGUUAAGAAAGAGUUUGGAGAAGAGCUACUAUCAUACACUAAUACUUUCUAUAAAUCCGCUACUACCUCAUUCAAGGGAGAUGGGGUUGAUGAUGCUGCUGCAGCUUUUGAUCAGAUCGAGGAGUCACUUUCCAAGUUUGACGAUGGACCCUUUUUUCUUGGCCAAUUCAGUCUCGUAGAUAUAGCUUAUGCUCCUUUUGUCGAAAGAUUUCAUCCAUACUUGCUAAAUGUAAAAACGUAUGAUAUUAGAGUAGGCAGGCCAAAACUUGCAGCAUGGAUUGAGGAAAUGAACAAAAAUGAGGGAUUCAACCAAACCAGACGUGAUCCAGAGGAACUUGUACAGAGCUACAAAAAGCGUUUUUUGCCUCAGCAAUAAGGUUAACGUUUUGCGCGACAAUUAAAAACCAUGGAACACAGGAAGUUACUGCAUGUUGAUUGUACGAGGAACGUUGCCUGGACUUGAAAGCUGGACAGUUUAGAUCUAAAAUGAAGAGAUGUCAUAUGAAGGAUUUCAGUAUAUCUAGUUCCUAAGGUUUACUAAAACGUUAGUUCGAUAGACAUGAUAGAUUUCUGCAUUUACGAGGAUGAGAUAAACCCAGAUAUGCAACAAAACCUAAAUCAAAACUCAUUUUCAUGUAAAUUCCUUAUAAUUAACUUUCCUCUUAUAUGAAGCACCUAAUUACAACACAAAUAAAACAAACCAAGUCUCAACCCAAUUAUCAUCAAUCAAGCUUUAAAGUAUAUGUAAGGAUUUCUUCACAAACUAUCAACCGUUUACCGCCUUACUUACGAAGGAAACCAAAAUCAUCACAAACUCUUUACGACCCACAAGUGACCAGAUAAAAAAAAGACCACAAAAAUUUAAGAAGUAUGAACACCAACCCAACUAUAGCAGCAAGAAUCCUUCACUAGAAACCGGGCUUCUCGAUGGCAUCUUUCAAGAUUGUGAUCUCUCCGUCUCUCUUCAAUACAGCUUCAUCCAGAGCCUCUAUCUUCUUUUUCAGCAUUCCAACUUCAGAACUCAAGAGCAUGUUAUCCUCACUGUAUUUCUUCAAGUCCUCCCACAUAUUGUCACAUUCUUUUGACACUUUUGGUAAAAUCCCAUUAACUAUUGCCAGUUCCUUUUUGCAA